GUAAUGAGAAGCAUAUUUUGAUGGGUACAUCGUUGAUGUUCUCGGGAAGAGUGAUGCUGAACACUUUGUUUCCUCGUUGUUUCUUUAGCUUAUCACGUCAGAUAUGUAUCCAUCAACAUUGUCGUCCUCACUUAGUUUUUCAGUCUUUUGGUUGUUGCAAGAAUAUGUUGUUGUUUUGUAAGAAGCCCUCGUCGUUGUUUUCACAAGGCGCAACUUUGUGUAGUACAAGCGACAACUCUUCAGAAAAUCAAUCACAAGAGUCUGUGCUGAAACAACAAAUGAAUAAACUCCAAGUUGAACACAUGAGUAUAGAGUUGAGGGAGCAAGAUUUGGACGAGAAAUUUAUCCGUGGAGGUGGUCCUGGGGGUCAAAGUAUCAAUAAGACAGAAAGCUGCGUGGUUCUUGUUCAUAAACCAACUGGUAUUUGGGUGAAAUGUCAAGAGUCUAGGUCACAAUUCAGGAACAGGCAAAUAGCACGUCAGCGGUUGAAGGAAAAAAUUGACCUUUAUUAUCGAGGAGAAGAGUCGAAAGUAGCUCAAAAGAUUGCAAAGAUAAGGGCGAGGAAAGCCAAUCGUCGAAAGAAAGCUAUUAAAAAACAUUACAAAUCUAAAAAAGAGCGAGAACAAAGUGAUGAAGAGUCUGUAAAAGACUUGUUUGAACAAGACGAUGUGUGGUUCAGUCCGAAAGACUGAAUAGCAAAAAUCCAUUUCAAUGUGUUGCAC